ACAUGGAUAUGGUGUCAAUAUAAAAGCUCGACAGGAAGAACAGACAUCAACAGUUGGAGGUCAUUCAAGGCUCGGGAGGCGAGGAAUCAUUACUGCGCUGCAGGAAUGGCUCAGUUAUUGUGGGUAUUUCUUUUGCUCGCUGUAACAGUCAGAGAUGCAUUCUCACAAAGGAUUAUUGGGGGUCAGGAGGUCGUACCGUACUCCAUCAAAUACCAGGUGUCACUUCAGGUGGACAGAAAGCAUUUUUGUGGAGGAACACUGAUUCAGCCGCAGUGGGUGUUGACUGCUGCCCACUGCUGGAGACCGGCCAGUGUGAUUCAGGUGGUGCUGAGUGAGCACAAUCUCGCUGUAGAAGAGGGAUUUGAGCAAGUUUGUACUGUGGCCAAAGUGUUCAGUCAUGUUGCCUACAAUCCAAAAACAUUCAACAAUGACAUCAUGAUUAUUAAGCUCACUGCUCCAGCACAGUUGAACGCUUAUGUUCAGCCGGCGCUGCUGCCCACCGCAGACACACCAGAGCUGGCCGGAGGAAGCAGCUGCACUGUGAGCGGAUGGGGAGUGACGCGACUGUACAACUUCUAUUUGUCACCGAUUCUGCGCGCUGUGGAUGUGGAAAUCUUCAGCAACUGCCAAUUAUACUACUACUACAGAGUCAACGACAACAUGAUCUGUGCUGGCUCUCGUUUCGGUGGAAAAGAUUCAUGCCAGGGAGAUUCUGGUGGCCCUCUUAUUUGUGAUGGCUAUCUAGAAGGCAUUGUGUCGUGGGGAAUCGGCUGUGCUCUUCCGUACUAUCCUGGCGUCUACACAAAAGUGAGAAACUACAACCGCUGGAUCGACUGGAUCAUCAGCACUGAAAGCUGAAAAACAGGUUCAACUGAAUGAAGGAUUCCUUUUUUUUUUUUUUUUUUUUUUUUGCUGAAUCCAUCUUUCAAAUCAAGUUUGUUUCUUUUAAAAUAGAUCCUACUUCAUGAACUGAUCCAGUCGCACGAUUGCAUUCAAAGUCCAAACUUUCAAGAAUGAAAUAAAUUUUUAUUUGUGUUUAAUAUGAUCAAGCACAUUUUUAUAAUUUUUUUUUGCUGUUGUUGUUGCUGAUUUAAAAUCUGAUGACUGGAUAUGUUUCCCAUUUCUCAUUUGAUCUGAAUUACCCAUGUAGCAAAGAAUUCUGGCCCAGAUUUGGCAUGAAGCUGGCACAGCAGGCAUUCAUCCGGCACUGGCAUACAGCAUGUAGGUUUGGCAGAGAUGGCACCGUCUUUGAGGCGGCACACAAGGCAUGGACCAGAAGUCAAAUGUAGCAUUUGGCCCGGAUGUUAAAAAACUGAUAUGUGGGCCAUGUAAGUGUGGGCUAUCUUGAUCCACGUUUAAAAUACAUUUGAUUAUUUUUAAGUCAAUUUUACCAAUCAGGUCGCUUUCAUGAAUUAACUUGGCUGAGACUUGGCCCAGAUAUGGUCUAUGUUUAGCCCUUGUCUGAAAGCCAGACUUGGUCCAGUCAUGUACCGCAUCUGGGACAACCAAAAGCUGAUUUUGUGGGCCAGAGCUGGAACAGAGAAAUAUUGCUAUGUGGGAAGGCUUUUUGCAUGAAUACUUGAAUGCUUGAAACUAUUACAUAGAGCGUUAUUACAUGUGAAUUACAUGUGAAUUUUUUCUACACAACUAGUACAAUUUUAAACUCAUGAAGUCAAUAGCCAAUAGCUUUAAGGGAAUGUCAAUAGCUGUCACUGCAAUUUAUGCAAUUGUCACAGUUUUGUUUCUUAUAAAUACAUCAAGUUUACAACAAGCUCCUACUUGUGUCUUUAUUGCAGUCCUUUGAACUCUGGACUGAGUAAACAGGACAAUCAUCCAUCUGUGCAUUACUGCACUUAAACAUUUUCUAGUAGAGAAUAAAUCUUUAAACCACAUGUAGGUAUGUUUUUAUCAAUGAUUGUCAGAACAAUGCAAUGCACAAUCCUGUUUGUGGAAGUAAAGGUGAAAGUUUGCUGUUAAGUU